ACAUAUUAAUCACUGCAGUAAAUCUUAAAUCAUAGACUUAAAUAUGUAUAUGCCUAUGCAUAAAUCCUAACAGCGGGGUUGAUUAAAAUCCUAAUUGUGUUUAACAAUUCUAUCACCGAUAAUAAGCAUGUAGAAAUGCUCAAAAAACAGGAGCAAAGUCUUUGAAGUAAUCCGAAUGACCAGCAGACGGCGAUGGAGGCGCGUGAGAAACUCUACAUCAUUCUCUUUGUUUUGACUGAGAACAAAAGUAGCAGCCAAAGUCAAACUGUCAUUGAGUGAAGAAAAACUGUGGAAACAUGAAGAACAGCGGACACAGAGCUCAGACCGGAGAGAAGAGGAUGCUGUGAUUGACUGCAGUCCAACAAAACACGAGAGUGUGCGUGUCUUUUGUCGUGUGUCACGCCUGACCGUCUAUGUGUUUGUGUGUGUGUGCGUGAAUGAGACGCGACUUUCACGGGUCUGCGCGUGUCUGGAGUGACAGAAGAGGGUUUCCACAUCAUGAGACUGUGAGACUGGGGGGAUUCAGCCAUGGCGGAAACCGAUAUUGACAAAUCUCACCUGCCUGGUGUUUAUGACGUGUGCCAGUGUUUCUCCGUUUUAGAGGAUGGUGCUUUGGCUCAAAGUCUUCAAGAGCAGGAAAUCGAGCAUUUCUACAGCACUAACAUCCAGAAGAACCAGACAGUGCAGAACGAUGUUCGCUUGGCCCGAAGACUCCAGGAGGAAGAGGAAGAGCGGGCAAAUCUACAGCAGAUAGAGGAAGAGGACUGUAGAUAUGCACUGAUGAUCCAGCAACAGCUGCAGAGAUGUGCAGAGGAGGCCAGGAGACAAGAAAAACAGGAUGAGGAAAUCGCUAAACAGCUGCAGGAAGAAGAAGAAAUGGAGAUGAGAAGACAAAGAGCCGCCUCUGGUUAUGAGGACAACGACUGUCCUUCUCCUCUGUGUCAAGGUUUGGGAGUGUGGGAGCAGGUUCUCCAGGAUGCUGAACUGGCCCGCAGACUUCAGGAGGAGGACAUGAUGCCUCAAAGAGACCAGUUUCAUCAGAGACCUUCUGGUUCAGAAGUGGACUUCAUUGCAGCACAAGUGGCUCAAGAUGAGGAGAUCGCAAACUACAUGCAGCGGCGCCAGAGAAGAGUGAACCACAAAGCACAAGAGCUGGAGAUCCAGAGCAGAUCUGAUGAAGAAGGCAGAGAUGAAGAAAACACAACCACCAGGAAGGCUCUUCAGAUGCUGCGAGAGCGGCUGAACUCAGACGGCCUUCAUUCACCUGCGGAAGAAGAUGAUUUCACCAUCCAAACUCUUCCAGCAAGCCCGUCAUGCACUGCGCUUAAAAACCAACACAUUCACAACAUAGCAGAGGAACUGGACCCAACAUUCAAGGCUAGGAAACGUGAGAGUCAAAUUACCAGCAGUCCUUCCACAGCAGGUCUGUGUUUGGCCCCUCGUAACCCACACAGCAUCUUCUAUGACUAUUUACCAGAACCCACCUUCAUACCACCCAUGAAACGGCAGAGUGACAAAGCCGCCCGACAAAAAGCCAAAGACAAGAAAGAGAACUGUAAACAGCAGUGAAUGGAGAACAUGUUAACUGUUAGUCUCCUGAGUGCAUCAGCAAGUAAGGUAUAAUCCAUUUCAGGGACACAUAUUAAUCUGUUACACUGAGAGUAUUUACACUACACCGCUUGCAACUAAACAUGUAAACAAUGCAGGAUUUUAGGGGUCUUUUGAAAAGAGAUUUCAAAUGAAUCCAGACUCAUUCUAAUUACAUAUCACUGUAUACAUAUCUGGAGAGCACCAAAUAUGUCCCAGGAGCUAUGGUUUUUGCAGUUUUUAUCCACCAGAGGCUGCUGUGUACGCUUUUUCAGAUCUCAAAUUUCUCUCACGAGUGCCAUUUACUCCUGCUGUUCUUGCAUAAAUCCACCAGAGGUCGCUGUGUAGGCUAUUUCAGAUCUCAAAUUUCUCUCACGAGUGCCAUUUGCACCUGCUAUUCUCACAUAAAUCCACCAGAGGCCGCUGUCGACUGACUGACUAACUGACUGAGCAAUUGACUGA